UGGUUCCGGAACUGGUUCUCUGCCGGUGCAUCGAAAGCUUUAGGGGAUUUCUCACCAAUUCGCUGCCGCUUACCAGGUUCUUUAUCUCGAAUCAUACGUGGACAUAAAUAUCUGGAUAAUAAAUACCUGCGGCUUCACCACAAGUCGAAUUCAAAAUGAGCACCGCAACAUUGAAGCGUGAUGAGAUCCUGCUGCUCUUCGACGUGGACGGCACCCUAACAAUGCCCAGAUCCAUGGUGACUCCGGAGUUCGAGGAGUUUUUCUACUCGCAGGUGAAACCCAGGGCGACCAUCGGAAUCGUCGGAGGAUCGGAUCUGGAGAAGAUGUUCGAGCAGCUGAACGGCAGAAAGAUCCUCAACGAGUUCGACUUCAUAUUCCCGGAAAACGGGCUGGUACAGAUUGAGGGCGGAGAGGAGGUGGGAAAGCAGAACAUCAUCACGCAUCUGGGGGAGCAGACCCUGAAGCGCUUCAUCAACUUUGUUCUCCGCUACCUAUCCGAGCUGGAUGUGCCGAUCAAGAGGGGCACCUUCAUUGAGUUCCGGAAUGGCAUGAUGAACGUGUGUCCCAUUGGAAGGCAGUGCACUAGGGAGGAGCGAAACAUGUUCGCCCAAUACGACAUUGAGCACAAGGUGCGGGAGAAAAUGAUCAAGGACCUGAAGCAGGAGUUUGCCGAUGUGGAUCUCACGUACUCCAUUGGUGGUCAGAUCAGCUUUGAUGUCUUCCCCCACGGCUGGGAUAAGACCUACUGUCUGCGACACAUCGAAGCCCACUACAAGUUCAAGGAAAUUCACUUUUUCGGUGAUAAGACGGAGCCGGGCGGCAAUGACUAUGAGAUUUAUAGCGAUCCUCGAACCAUUAGUCAUAGGGUAUAUACUCCCAAGGAUACGCAACGCAUCCUCACUGAGAUUCUGGAGCUGUGAGAACUCCGAGCUUACUCAGCUGUUAAAAAUAUUCCAUUUUUAUACAUGUGUACAGUUGUUAACCAAAAUUUAAUAUAUAGUCAUUU